UUUGUCCCACCCUUUUGAUUUCUUUACACUUCCGGUUCCGGUCUUCCGGUUUCUCUUUGACAAGUCACUUUACUUUUAAAGUUUGGCAGGUCAGUCAAUUUUGCGCGCAGAAAACAAAUUCGGUGUGUGUAACGAGAGAAACGGAAAGCAUAAAUAUCGUAUGGGACUCGGACGUAACGGAAAAUUCUGUUAGCGUAAUACGAAAGCGAGAUUUCUCGCUUUUAUUAUCUAGUAUACACGUCAUGGUUGCUAUGAAAAUGUCAGUUCACUGGUGAUUCAUUUGUUCGUUAGCUGGCUUUUCUUCUGUUUUUCAGUAGAACAUUCUGCUCGUUGGGCAGAAUGAUGGAAGAACCAUUGAGUCAAGGUGCUUCACCAUCUGGCGACAGUAAUUUCUCUGGAAAUGGAGAGUUAAAUUCCACUACUAUAAUGAGUAUAGAUGAAAGAAUUUUGGAUGUUAAUUCAAGGCAUUCUUUAAAUGUUCUUAGAACACCACCAACUAAAAAAGCAAAAAGAGUGAGGUUUUUUAGAAAUGGGGACAAGUUUUAUACUGGUAUUGUGAUGGCUGUGACUCCAGAAAGAUACCGCAGUUUUGAUAGUUUAGCAUCAGAUUUAACAAGAGCUUUGAUAUCAAAUGUGACUUUACCUAAUGGUGUUCGAGCAAUAUAUACCAUGGAUGGAAAGAAAGUUCAAAGUAUUAACGAUUUAGAGGAUGGUAAAUGUUAUGUGGUUUCUGGACAAGGAGAAAUUUUCAAGAAAGUGGAAUAUUCAUCUACCAAAGUAAGAAGAGGCAGUUCAUUGUCUGGAUUACCCCAAUCUCCAGCGGGUACUGGCAGGCAAAUAAGUGCAAUACCAUUGUGUGUGAAAGCAAAAAUAAUCACUUUAAUAAGACACGGUACGAAACCUCGUAAAGUUGUGCGUCUUUUGUUGAAUAAAAGAAAUGCUCCGAGCUUGGAACAUGCGAUGGAAGCAAUUACAGAUGCUGUCAAGCUAGAUUCUGGAGCAGUAAGAAAGGUUUAUACACUCUCAGGGCAACAAGUUACCUCGUUGGAACAAUUUUUUGAAAGUGAUGACAUUUUUGUGGCUUAUGGUCCUGAGAAAUCAAAUCAGGAAGAUUUUGAAUUAGAUUUUGAAGAAUCUAAGAGUGUGCAAAGCUUUAGAAGAUGUCCGUGGACGUCAAAAAGACAAAUUGGUCCGAUGCCAAGAAUGCCACGGAAAUCAGGAAAAAAAGUGCUUACUACACCUCAGGUGAGGACACCAAGUCCUUCUUCAUUAAUAUUACCACAACCACUACGUUUACACUAUACAGUAGGACAUGUAAUCGGAGAAGGUAACUUUGCAGUUGUUAGGCACUGUUCUCAUAAGUCUACGGGUGCAGAAUAUGCAAUGAAAAUUGUAGAUAAGUAUAAAUGUCAAGGUAAAGAAACAAUGUGGGCAAGUGAGGUAUCAAUUUUACGACAAGUUUGUCACCCAAAUAUUAUUAAUUUAAUCGCGGAACAAGAGACUACUGAUCAACUGUUUUUAGUCAUGGAGCUCGUAAAAGGUGGUGAUUUGUUUGAUGCUAUUGCUGCAGCGACAAAAUUUCCUGAGAGUAAAGCUAGUGUAAUGAUUCAACAUUUAAUAUCUGCAUUAGCUUAUUUGCAUUCACAUCAAAUAGUACACCGUGAUGUUAAGCCUGAAAACCUAUUAGUUGAAAUGGAUAGAAAUCAUGUUAGGUGUUUAAAAUUAUGUGACUUUGGACUUGCUCAAGUUGUAAGGGAACCUUUAUACACUGUUUGCGGUACACCUACAUAUGUAGCACCAGAGAUACUUGCAGAAACAGGAUACGGUUUAAAAAUUGAUGUAUGGGCAGCUGGCGUAAUACUAUACAUCUUACUCUGUGGUUUUCCACCAUUUGCUUCACCCGACAAUAAGCAGGAAGAAUUAUUUGAACGUAUUUUAAGUGGCCAGUAUGAUUUUAGAUCUCCAUUUUGGGAUACAAUUUCAGACUCCGCUAAGCAAUUAAUCUCAAAUAUGCUGCAAACACAACCUGAAUUGAGAUUUAGUGCAGAAGACGUACUUGACCAUCCAUGGCUAGCGCAGAGCUUUCUAGGCGAUCAGACCACAGCAUCAACACCUACCAACACGUCGGAGCAACAGUGGUGUGACCGUGAGCUAAAGUUUGCAAUUUUUGAAUUCGAGUUCUUCAAAAAUCCAGUUCGAGGUGAUAAUUCGCAAGAUGAAGUUGAUGAUGCCUCUAAUAGUAGGACAAAUGUUAGAAACAACCAGAGUGAAGUUUUAUCACCAAUCGAAUCAAAAAGCAUUGAUUUAUUUUAUAACAAAUUUCAGAAAAAUUAAGUUUGCAAUGAAACUGACUUUAAUAACGAAAACCCAAAUGAUGGAGGAUCUGUGUCUUGUAGUGGAGACUGUUUACAAGACGUUUAUAAUUUUAGUUGAUCAUUGAACAAUCUUAUAAAUAAUUUAAAUAAAAACCAAGUUUGCUCUACCGUUUAAAACUCAUUGCAUGGUAAAACUUGUUUCAACAGUAUUCACGAAAUUGUUAAUUGUCAGUGCAAAUGAAUAAUUCAGUGUUGCUAGAUAAUUAUUAAGAUAUUUCUAGAAUUCAAGUCGACUGAAUCUACAGAUAAUUCAGUUCAAAGAAGUAUAUCUGCUUUUAAUAGAAAAUGAAAUUUGUUUUUAUAAGAAUUAAUAAUACUUCACGUUUAUGUUAAUCACUAGCAUAAUUUUAGAAAACAUAGUUCAAUAAAUAUAAGUAGAAACAUUCAUCAAAAUUUAAUAGUUUGUAAAAAAUAUUGCCUCGAGUCUUGAGAGCCAAAAUAUGAAAAGAUUGUCAGUUUUUUAAUUAAUCAAUAGUUUAAUUAGUAAUACAAGUCACGAUAAUAAAAUAUUAGAUAGGUUUGCAAGUAUUCAAUAUUACAUAAGAUCAAAUACAAAGUUCUAAACUACAAAAUCAAUUAGAAAUUUUGGAAAUAUAAGUUUUUACCAUGAUCAAGAACUAGACAAUGACAGCGUACACGACCUACAUAAAAAUAGUUAUGUAAAUGAAAUUUCACAGUAGAAUCAUAUAGAAUGUUCUUUUGUAAUUAAAAAAAAGUGAGCAAUAGAAAUAUCGUUUGAGACAUUUUUAAAUCACAUAUGGUGGUUUCCGAAAGAAUUUUAAUGCUUAUAUAUUUGCAACUUUUAACAAGUGAAAUGUAUGUGUUAAACUGAAACAUUUAAGACAAUAUUGAAUUUCUUCUAAUCUUAAGAUUAUAGUGAUAAAAUUAGGAAAUGUUUUAACGAUAUAUAGAAUGCAUUUAUUAUGAGUACAAAGUGUCGGUGGAUCGUAAAAGUAUUUACACGCACAAACGCAUGCAUAUAUUACUAUUUUACUAUGUAUCAUCUUACAUUGAUAUUCAGUUUUUCUAUCUUUGGCUACAGUAAUAUCUUUCAUUUCAUUUUCUAUAUUAUCAAGUAAUUCUUGACUAUGUCAAUAGAAUUUCACAUUUUUGUAAAUUUGUAAAUGUUAGGAUUAUAAUAUUUGGUUUUUACGAUGGAAUAUUUAGGAUGCAGGAUAUAUAUAUAUUCGUAUGCUUCAAAAGUAAAAGUGUGUUAAUAAGCCCAAUUUUUCUGUACUUUGUUUUAGAUUCUUUCUUAAUAUAUGUAUAUAGUUAUGUAUAUUUCUUUAAAAUUCCAUCGAUAAAUAAUAAAUUUCCAGUACCAUUGGCUGCCACACGACCUCACGCCAUGACAGAAUCAUCUUCUUACUGUUCGACGUAAGUUUUGUAUUUCUAUAUACGUUCACCAGCUAGAAAUGUUAAAUUUUACAUUCAUUCAUUCUCACUUCUGUGAUUUUUAUUCGUAAUCGUAAACCGAUUAAACACUUGAUGUCUCACUUUCGUCGUAAGGAAUUUAUUGUGAACACUUUUUAAGUUGUAAACACGUUCAAACACUUUUGUGACCUAUCAAUGGACAUCAAACUGCGCUUUAUUGUAAUUAAGACAUUGUAAAUAUUGUGUAUAUAUCAUUAAAUUAAAUUCUAAUUUUAUUGAUACAAUCUGGAGAACUUCCCCUUUGCUUCAGUUCGACAUACAUAUUCUGCUGAUUAAAAGUUGCAUUAAAAGUAUAUAUUCGAAUGUUCUCGCGAGCCAAAUUGUAUUUCGAGUUGCGGAGGCAGUUUACGAAAAAUUAGUGAAACCUAGAAGUGACAAUUACGCAUGCGAGAAAUAUGACGUAAAGCCAACAAUAUGCUCCAAAAUGAAAUAAAAAGCUUUUCAUUGUAUCUCAUAGUAGAGGCUUUGGAAUCUCUGUUGUAACUAACGGACGAUCUCUUAUUUGCUUAGAAAAAUCUUUUUCUACGCGCGUGUAAAACGGUAAGAGAAAGAAACGUACACGUAAGGUUAAUUGGAAAUCUAAUGAAAUCGUCGUCGUCGAACGUUGCAACAUAGAGUUCAAUUGCAGGAAAGAUGUAUAAGAAAAGAAAAGAAAAAGAAAAAAAAAUCGAAGGUCAGUUGUAGAUAGUAUUAGCAGCUGCCAGUAGAAACAAGUUGAACAAGCAGUGUGUUCACGUUCUAAGAGAUCUAACAUUGUAAAUUGAAUUUUAAACGACAUAGAAGAAAAUGACGGUAAUUGCAUAUAUUUAUACGAGUAAAUAUAAAUUAUACGUUAUACGUGAAAAGUAUCGCGGGGCUAACUCCGCUGAAGUGUCCAAAGUUCUAAGUAUAAUAAUAAUAAUUAUUAUUAUUUUAACGUAAGUGCACAAAGUCGAUUUAACCAAGGACGUGAUGUCAUUUGUUCGUACAUCUCGAGGGGCAUUGAUCUCGAAUUUAUUGCGAAUCAGUAAUUCAGAUUUAGAACAGGUGAGCCUCACACACAAACAAGACAUGCCAAAUGCAUUUAACUUAGUUUAUUUUAUAUCUAUUGUUACGUGUAUGUAGCUCGAGUACUGAAUGAAACUUAUAAGCGUAGAGUAUUGCUUUGUCCUUUAUCAAGAUGUAAGUAAUUAGAGGAACACGAGAUACUGUAUCUGUAUGAUAAUGCAAGGAUCCUUACGACAAGUGACAGAGGGCGACGGUGCGAGAUAUUUGCGUAGUUUGUUGCAUACGCUUGCUCAAAGUAAAGAUAAAUUCAACUGUUGCUAGAACUAGAAAUAUUUUUAUAAAAUAUUGUCGCGCGUGGUAUCGUUAAGAGCAAUAAAAAAAAAGGCAAACGUGGUGAUAAUAAUUAGAGAUGAAGAAAGAGAAGGAAAAAACCUUAGGGAAACACAAAUGAUCGAUAGAAGAGUCAGCAGAGAAUUGAUUCGAUACGUAACGCUUUUCAUACGAAAUUAUUUUUAUAGACGAAUCACGUACUGCGUGCAAACGUUUACGUGCAUCUUUCUCCCUUUGUCGCUUGAUGAACGUUUUAGUAGUUACCCCCCUGCAAUUUCCAUAUUUUUUAAUGGAAUUAUUACAAUAUUUACUACAACGUUGUACAUGUAUAUAUAUAUAUAUAUUAAGUAAGAAGUUUAUAAAAUAUUAUUUAUACAUAAGUAUUACUAUCGCUAUUCAUUUCCGUAAUUUGUAAUUUACGCAUAAAACGGAUUAAUUUAUCAGGAGGUUUCGUACGUAGGAUCGAAAUUUGUAUGUAAACGUAACGAUCGUACUUUUCUAUCAUCACAAUCGUAAAUGUAUACGCGGUAUUAUAUAAAUUAUAUGAAUCAGCGCUGUCCACGAUCGAAUCUGUCCGCGUGGUUAAAUUAGACAAAAAAAAAAAAAAAAAAAGAAAGAAAGAAAUUGACAAAUUUUAAUUUUUUUCGGGAAAUAUUCGUAUAAUCGAGGUUUGUAUGUUGCUUAUAGUAAUAUCGGCUAGCAUCACUGUGUACUCGUAGUGAUAAAUCAACCCCGCUGUGGACAGCACUGACUAGUAGGUUAUAGAAAUUCAAAAGUGAUUUAUGCCAAAUAUGAAAUCGAUUAUUUAUAUAUUAUCAUGUACGUGUAUUUACACAGGACACACAUAAACACACGAUAAA